AUGGACCACAAAGUUGCAAUUGUAACAGGUGCAUCUUCAGGACUCGGUCGAGCAAUAGCUAUAAACUAUGGCGACCUAGGAUGGAAAGUUGUCUGCGCAGAUCUCCGCUCUGAUAGUCCGAGCACCACAACGACCACUGUUGACAUGAUCAACAAUGAGACAGAUGGUCAAGCUAUCUAUACCCGAACAGAUGUUUCUUGUUCAGAAGAUAUCCAAUCCCUUAUUCAUACAGCAGUAGAGGCAUUUGGAAGGCUGGAUGUGCUGGUUAACAACGCAGGCAUCUCACUCGAGUCACAGGGAAGGCUUGGGCCGAAGCUCGUUGCCGAUACCGAUGAUUCAACCUUUGAUACUACCUGGGCAGUCAAUGCCAGGUCGACCUUCCUGGGCUGCAAAUAUGCCAUCCGUCAAUUUCUUCGCCAGACACCAUGGCCAACAGGAGAACGGGGCUGGAUCAUCAAUAUAGCGUCUGUGUAUGGCUUGAAGCCAGAAGUUGAGCAUAUUUCCUACUGCGCCACUAAAGCUGCAGUUGUUCAAAUGACAAAGUGCAUUGCUCGCGAGUAUGGCCCCUCCAAGAUCCACGUCAAUGCCAUCUGUCCCGGUUUCAUCAAGACCGAGAUGGAUCGAGUGAUGCUGCAAGAUGAGACGCUCGGCGCCGCCAUUGUUGCUCGACAUCCCUGGGGCACGCUAGGGAUGACAGCGGAUGUUGCUAAAGCGGCCAUUUUUCUCGCAAGCGAACAGUCGCCGUGGAUCACCGGUGUUGUAUUGCCAGUUGAUGGCGGCUACAUGGUGACUUGAUCUUUAUACAACCGUCCUUUUGGAUUGCUGGCGAAGCAGCAGCUAGGAAGAUAGUGAGC